ACUUGACCUCAAAUCAAAGACUUCGGCUCAGAUUGGCUGUAUAACAGAAUCCAAGAAAAAAAAUUUCUGGAUAAGAAGGAAAAAGGACCUUGAAAUCUUAAAUCACAGCCCAAGCCCAUAAAAGUGAACGACAAAAGGCAGGAGACAGGGAAUUUGACUCUGCCCAGGCAGGCAGUGGAGAGUUUACAGAUUUAGAAGACUUGGGAACUUGGAGCAAAGCAAAUUAAUAUCAUUCCAUUUAUAAACAGUUCCGGGUUCGUUUUUUGUUUGGUUGGUGGAAAAAUAAUUUAGGAAAAGAGAGGUGAGAUGGAGAUGGCAGGUGGAGAGGGAAUCACAGAAAAGAGAGAGAUGGAGAUGGAUGUUGAUGAAAUGGAUUCUUUGUUUGAAGGGAUGGUGCUUUUUACACCAUCCCAGUUGGCAGAAGACCAUGAGCAAGAGCAAAGGCAAGAUCUUGAUCACCCCGAACCUGAAUUACAGGAUUCAACACAGCAGCAGAAACAGCAUCAGGUUCAGGAGCCCCUUGAUGAGAAUUUGUUCUCUGAUCUUAUUGUUCAAAACCCGCUUGAUCAGCCAGAACCAGAACCACGGCCUCCUUCUGCUACUGCCUUCUCUCGUCAGACUUCUUCUACACCAUCCCCGUUGGCAGAAGACCAUGAGCGAGAGCAAAAGCAAGAUCUUGAGCACCCCAAGCCUGAAUCAUUGAAUUUAACACAGCAGCAGCAACAGCAUCAGGUUCAGGAGCCCCUUGAUGAGAAUCUUUUCUCUGAUCUUACUGUUCAAACCCGGCUUGAUCAGCCAGAACCAGAACCACGGCCUCCUUCUGCUGCUACUGCCUUAUCUCGUCAGACGUCUUCUAGCUAUAGAAAGAAAAAGAGAGCUACUGGAUUCAGGAUUGGAUAUGGCAGAGAUUAUCAGAGUAACAAUAAUGUUGAUAGUCAUGAUAAUCAAUUCAGGAUUGCAUAUGGUAGAGAUGAUGAGAUUAAUGAUAAUACUGAUGGUCAUGAUGAUAACCAUCCUGCCUCACAACCAUCUCCUACUCUUCAUACCAGUACCACCACAACCACUGCCGUAUCUUUAGUCGCGAAGUCAGAUUCACAAUCCCACCACGACCAGACUCAGCAGCAACAGCAACAACAACAACAAUCUAUUAAUGAUGUCCAAGCCCAAUUUGAGCGAAUCAAGGCCCAGAUUGCUGAUAAGCUCAGCCGUGCUCGUGAAUUAGCAGCCUCUAUAUCUGCAGCUCGCAAGGACUCGAUCAGGAGAAGAAGAAAGGCGGCUGAUGAUCUUCACUUAGCAACUAUUAAACUUGGGGACCUUGAAAAGCAAUUGGAGGAUGCUUGUGAAGCUGAAGAUUUUGAGGCUGCUGACAGGAUCAAUGAGAGUCUUGCUGCUGCUGACAAGGAUAAAAAAGCUCUCCUUACUGCUCUUCGAGAUGCUGAGGCUCAAUGCAAUGCUAUUGAUUCAAAAAUGCUCGAGGUUCUCAACUGCCAGAUUGCUGUCGAGGAGGAGUGUGCCUCUUUGCUCCAUCGUUUCUCUGAGGAUGCUAUGAGUAAUGCUGAUUUAGUGUUCAAGAAUUCAGAAGCUCAAUCUUCAGAAGAAAGAGAGAAAUGGCUUUCUUCAACUGAAGCCUUGGAGUUGAACAAGAUAGAAUUACAGAUUGAGGCACAUUUAUUUGAUGAUGCUCGUGCAGUAUUCAACACUUCCCUUGACAGCUUGAUACAAGAUGAUAAGAAAGAGAAAGAAUUUCUCUGUAAUCAAAAGGAUAUCUUGACUGACGAAUUGCAAAAACUACUUGCCUUAGUGAAAGAAAAGGAAAAAGAAAUUGCCAAAAACGACUCUAAAAUUAAACAAGUAGAACAAAGGAUAGCUGAUAUGGUCUCUGGCUUUCAAGAGGUGCAAUCAAGCUUUAACUCUAAGUAUGACAACUUACAAUCUCAUCUUUCCCAGAUGGACAUAGAAACUGAAACUCUGUCAAAGAAAAAGGAAGAAAUUGACAAGCUCCUUGCUGAAGAAGAAGAUAGGGGGAUUAAGCUCAAGGAACUUGCCAGGAUUUCUGUAGGAGAAGCAAAAAUGUAUCAGGAAGUUGCUGGAAUGAGAAAAAGUCUGCUAUCCUCAGUUUUGAAGUCCAUGGAAGAUAAAGUGAGGCUUGCUAAGACCGAGGAGAAGCUUUCUGAGGAUGUCCAAAUUCUUCAACUGGAGGCUUCUACCACAAGGGCCUCCCUACAGGAAUUAUCUUCAACAAAGUCAAGCAUUCAGCAGAGUAUAACAUCUUUAAAGCAGAGGAUCUUUUUCAUAGACAAAAUGGUUCCAGAGCUUGAAGCUGAAAAGAAGGUUGCCGCUGCUUCAAGAAAUUUCAAGGAAGCUGCACGAUUAGCGGCUGAAGCAAAAUCAUUAAGCGUUGAAAAGGAAGGUGUACAAAUUGAAAUGGACAAAGCUGUGCUGGAUCUUGGGAAACUGGAGGAAGAGAUAAAGCAUACUGUGGACAAAUUGCAGGAUAUUGAAGGACUGAUUUUAUCCAAAGAAAAAGAAGUGGCAAUGGCUAGGUUCCAGAGGUUACUUCUAGUUGCUGGUGCUACUAAAGCAGAAAGAUCUGCUGCUCUAGAGUUGGGUGACAUUGAAGAGGCUAACCUUCUACUUUCAGAGGCUAAUGCUGUUGAUUCUGAAGCAAAAGAGCUUCAACCAAAAUACAAUUUGAAAGAAGAAGAAUUUAAAGAUUUACCUGAACACUUCAUCUCCCUGGAACUUGUAGCAAACCUUGGCCAGAAGAAAUUAGCAGAUUUGGCAGCAUUGUCUGCUUCAUGAUGAUUAGAGUAGCUUUUGAAGAUUAUGGAGUCAAAACCAAAUGCAGAGAAUGAUGAAAAUGGUAGGCAUGAAAAGCAAAAGCAAAAGAACCAAAUAGCACGACCCAGAUGGUGCUGCAAAUGAUGUUGUUUUUAAAGACAAUGCGCAGAACUGAUGAAGAGAAAAUGGAAAACCCAAUAUUUUGCAUAUAACAAGACCAGCCAACCCAACAUUUUAUUUCCAAUCUGGCAUGUAAAGAGUCUAAUUUCAUUGAACUCUGCAUUAAUCAUGUGUAAACACAAUUCCAGUCUAAACCAUUAUAUCAAAUUAGAAAAUCUAACUGUGAAAUUUCUAUUUUACAGGGGGAAUAUGGAAAUGCAAGAUCUAUGUGUCAGCUUCAUCAACAAACCAAAGUUGUAAGAUGUUUGUAUUUUGAGUGUCAUAUUUAUGUCAACCGGAAAAGAAAUACUCUGAAAAUAUUGAUCAGGCAAAAGGAAUAUCACUGUGCUGGUUUCUUUAUGAAUUUUGGUAUCAUUGCAAUUUGCAAAAUGCUAGGAUAUCUGGGAUUUGUUACAUAUAGCAAGCAUGCAACAGCUUAAUACUACAUUUGCGUAGCAUUUUCAUUAAAAUUUUAGAUAUAUCAGAUCAAUGCGAAAGAGUGUUUUUAAAAUUGUUUGUAGAGGGAUUAGAUUCAAUUACAGUUUGAAGACAUUUUUUAUUGUAUUUUCAAAAAUGAAAACAAUGAUACAUUUAGAAAAAUGAUAUACAAUCUCAAUUAUAAAGUUUAUUAUUUAAAAUAGAAGG